AUGUUUGAAGCUCAUCAUGCGAUUGUGGAUAUAGAAUCCAAGGCAACCAUUGAAGCAGACCUGCGCACCCUGUAUCGUGGAGAUCGACCGCUGAGCGAGCCACCCCUGUACCGUGACUACAUUGCAACAGCACUCCAGGGCUCACAGGCUGCGGAUAAGCGCUUCUGGGUCGAUUAUCUGCAAGAUGCCACAGAUCCCGUAUUCCUACCGGAUUGCGCAAGGGCCAACUCCCCUGGUGAAUCUCUCAACGUCGACGUGGUACUUGUGCCCCUGGAAAAGAUCAAACAGUUCAGCCGGUUGCAAGGGUUUACCUCAUCUACUCUCUUCAAGGCCGUUUUUGCCGUCACCUUCCAAAUCUGA